AUGCAGGAGCAACCUCCACCAAGGCAUCAGAAGGGCCCUACCAUUUGCGUGCACAACAGAAUCCUGGCACAGUGCAAGGAGUGCGGAGGCUCGGGCAUUUGUUGUCACAAGAAGCGACGGUCGUUGUGCAAAGAGUGUGGAGGUUCAAGCAUUUGCGUGCAUAACAGGCAGAAAUCUCGUUGUAAGGAAUGCGGAGGUGCCAGCUUUUGUGUGCAUGGCAGGAUCAAGUCGAGGUGUAAGGAGUGUGAUGGAACUAGUAUAUGUGAGCACAAGCGAAGAAAGUCGCGAUGCAAGGAAUGCAAGGGUACAGGGAUCUGCGAACAUAACAAACAGAGAUCGAGAUGUAAAGACUGUGGGGGGAGCAGCAUAUGCAGCCAUGGACGAGUCCGAUACCAAUGUAAGGAUUGUGGAGGGAAAGCGAUUUGUGAGCACAAGAGGAUGCGGACGAGAUGCAAGGAGUGCAAGGGUGCGAGCAUAUGCCAGCAUGAUAAAGUCAGAUACCGAUGUAAGGAAUGCAAAGCAGCUUCAAUGUGCGAGCACGGAAAAGUGCCGGCUGAGUGCAAGGAGUGCGUUGUGGGGACGGCCUGA